AUGCAUAAACCUGCCAAGUCUGUGCCCAAGAAGGGUUCGAAGAAAGCCGUGACCAGGACGGCCGGUAAAGGAGGCAAGAAGAAGAGAAAGACCAGGAAGGAGAGCUACGCCAUCUAUGUGUACAAGGUGCUGAAGCAGGUCUGCCCUGACACCGGCAUCUCCUCCAAGGCCUUGAGCAUCACAGACUCGUUCGUGAACUACAUCUUUGAGCGCAUCGCCUCCGAGGCCUCCCGCCUGGCUCACUACAACAAACGCUCCACCAUCACUUCCAGGGAGAUCCAGACCGCCGUGCGCCUCCUGCUGCCCAGAGAGCUGGCCAAGCGUGUCUGA